GCCGGCGUCGUGUCAAGUAUUCUUCUGGCAGCAGCAAACGAGUACGCACGGAAACUGAAAAGAUUGUGACCCAUCGAGCCUCUGGCGAGUACUCCUUUGAUAGGUGUAAGGAUGAAACGGAUACUCGGAGCUUGUCAAGGAUACUAACGGGUGGUGGCAACACCGAUACCAAAGACGAUGAUUCCACACAAGCACAACGAUCGUCCAUGCCAAAGCAAUUCACCAAGAUCACUUUGGACAAACUACUCUUGUUUGUCAACGAUGAAAUGUAUCACGAUUUUAUGGAUCAAGAAUCAAGGUUUCGACAGUUGCAUCAGCAUCGCGACAUCCAUCACACCUUUUCUUCUCGACUAGAAGUGGAUGGAUACUUGCCAAAGGUUCUGGUGGUCAAUCACAGUCUGGGUGGAGCAGGAACGGGAUUGAUCAAGAAUCUAUGGUACUGGAUUUUUACUUGCUUUGGUCUCACAGUACCUUAUCGAAUAUGGUUCUCCCAGCAUUGUUCAAAUACCGAAGUUACUAUUACCAAAGAGGUGACGAAAUGA